UGGCCGCACUCCGCGUUCAAAGUACGGGCUACGGGUGCGGCAGUUGACCAUUGAUCGUCCUUGGGAGGUGCCUUUCUCGACGAGCAGCAGGACGUGCUAUGACUCGAUCCACGAUGGACUACGAUCUGUUCCUGGACGAACUGGAACUGCUGUUCCGCCGCAAGGGACAUCUACCGGUGUUGCUUGUGGCGCUGACCGUUCUUGCGCUCGGCUUCUUCGUCGUCGGCAUCCUAAUGGCCACCGGAAUCAUGUUGGUCACGUUCUUCCUUUUCGUCACCGGCGACGACGGAAGUGCCACGGAAGCGGCCGCCGAGAUCGUAGCAGCCGUCACCUAGUGAUGGGGAUGGCGAAUGAAAAAUAAAGUGGCCCCACGGUGCGGUGCGCUUAUCGUUAAUUGUUUGUGGAAAUUGAAUUUAAACGACGGCAUUCUAUUCGGUGCCGCCAGCGAGCGGAUAAAGUUAAGCCGAAAUGGGACCAAUUCAGCCACGGCACGCUAGGUU